AUGAGGAUGUACAGUCAGUGGGCGGACUCCGUGUCCUGCUCUGCCUUUCUACUAUAUUUUAUUAUACUUUCACACUUUAUAAAUAUUACUGCGGCCCAGUUCUAUGUCUGCAACUCGACAAGUCCAUGUGUCAAUGGUGCAUGCUGUGGUGUCAACAAUGGUGAAACGAAUGGCGUUGAUACUCAGCUUUGUGGCUACGAUCCCGACAAGUCUUGUGGCUCAACAUGCGUGAGCAACUGCAAUGCGACUGCUGAGUGUGGCAAAUGGGCUGCCACUGCUGGCACGACCUGCCCAUUGAAUGUUUGCUGUUCCGAGUACGGUUUCUGCGGUACAACGGCCGACUUUUGUAACGCCGGUGCAGACGGCGGGAAAUGCCAAAGCAAUUGUUUUCAGCCAACCCAGCCUUCCUGCAAAUCGAAUGACGUUCUCAAGAGGGUCAUUGGCUAUUAUGAGAGCUGGUCAGCCGAACGAAAAUGUGAUUCAUGGAGUCCAAGCAAUCUUCCCGUGAAUAGCCUGACACACAUCUAUUGGUCUUUUGCUCUUAUAAGACCCUGGAAUGACGAAUGGGAGGUUUACUUGAUGAAUGAGGGCGAAAUCUCGAGCUUGAACAACAUGGUGGCUGAUUUCAUUGCUUUGAAAGAUGACAACCCGUCCUUAAAGUGCUUCUUGUCUGUUGGAGGCUGGUCAUUCAAUGACGGUGAUACGGCGACAUAUUGGUCCGACAUGUCAUCUACUGAAGCUGGUCGAAAGUCAUUUGCCAAAGACUUAUUGCGGACGCUGAAGCAAUACGGCUUUGACGGUGUUGACUUGGACUGGGAGUAUCCUGUCGCAUCGGAUCGUGGAGGCAGCCCCGAUGACAUGAAAAACUACGGCAAGUUGAUCAAGCAGGUUCGCUCAACCUUUGACGCCAGUGGUUCAGACCUGGGAAUCUCAUUCACCAUUCCAUCGAGCUACUGGUAUCUCCGCCACUUUGACGUACCCGCCUAUCUGCAAGAAGACGGGGCCGACUGGGCGAACAUGAUGACAUACGAUUUGCACGGUGUCUGGGAUGGCACAGACCCAUACAUCGGGAAUAUCACUGGAGCGCACACAAACUUGACAGAGGUUCAACAAGCUAUGGACCUUCUUUGGCGAAACAAUGUUGACCCAUCAAAGAUCGUUCUGGGCAUCGGUUUCUACGGUCGAUCUUUCACACUCAAGGACUCUUCAUGCACCGGCCCCAGAUGUCCCUUCACUGGAGGUGGGCAGCCUGGUAGAUGUACAGACACUUCUGGAAUUCUCUCAUAUAAUGAGAUCAUGGAGAUCGUCGAGAAUGUUGAUGUCGAGGGUCCCAUCUGGGAGGAAACCGCAGCAGUCAUGUAUGUCACCUGGGACGACAACCAGUGGGUGUCGUACGACAACAACGUUACAAUGAAGCAGAAGGUUGAUUGGGCCAAUAACCACUGCCUAGGCGGAGUUAUGAUCUGGGCCUUGGAUCAGGAUACAUACGAUUGGCAAGCUUUGACUGCAUUGCUGGACAAAGAUGUCAGCGCCGCUUCCCUGCUGGAAGGGGGGUCUGAGAACCCAUUGAGUGCCAACGCAACUGCACAUGCAUACAAUCAAUAUACCGGUACCGAUUGUUAUGUCACUGGAUGCGUGAAAGAUAACUCUGGAUCAUGUAAAGCGGGUUACAGUGUUCUGGAUUACGUGCACAGAGCCUCGUACGGAACCAUCACCGACCCCGAUGAUCAUCUUUGCAAAAACGGCGAUACGACCAAGUAUGAGGAUCCGGACUCAGAAUAUCGUCUGAUCUGUUGCCCAACAGAUGCAAUGCCGGCAUGCCACUGGGCUGGCGGCUCCUCCGAUGGCAUGUGUACUGGUGGGAAGGAGGAGUUCGCGGAUGCCACAUGUGGCUCAAAUGAAUUUGAAAUUGUCAAGGAUUCUUUCUCUGACCGAACCGGAUCUACCCCGUGCAUCGUCAAUAGUCGAUCGCUUUGCUGUGCCACCGACCCCAAUCUGAACACUGGAGUGAACGCGUGUUACUGGACUGAGUGCAAUGGAGAAUGCCCCAAAUCCUAUAUGGAGUACCCGGAAUAUGCUCUCAAGCCCGGCAGUAAUCUGAACGAAGAUUCUGAGUACUGCGGCCCUGGAACUGAGGUUUCGACCUUUUGCUGCCCAUUUGACAAUCCUUACGAGAAUUGUGAAUGGACUACCUGUACCGAGCCUUGCCGUAGUGACAAAGUUCUCCUAACCCAACGCUCAGCUUUACUGAACGGCAGUCUCCCCCAGUAUUGCGAUGAUGGGGGCCGGUAUAAGCUCUGCUGUGACGCACCCACCCCCACUGUCAACCCUCCCGUUGACCCCUCAGCCGUGUUUAAGUACCCGGAUGAGAAGAACUACAGCUAUUACCUAAAGUAUGAGGAUACGGACAACAACGAAUCAUCUGGAUGGGGGACUGAGAAUCCCUACGCAUUUGUGAUGGUGGAUGGUGACACGGAUGCAUACGACGAAUCUCUUGUGGAUCAGUGGACAUUUUUGGACGACGGAGGCCUCAACUCCAAGAGAGACGGCCGUCCACGUAAGAAGCGAGACAUCUUCACAUUUCGCGAGGACACAUUUGAUAACGUUGUUGAGACUUACCUCAUUCGCUGUGCGAGCCUCGAUGACAACGGCUGUAAGACAAUUUUCUCCGGCGGUGCGUGGAACACUAUUGUCAAGAUGCCUUCUUACCACGGAUCCGGACCCUACGCUCGUGUCAUCAGCUUGGUUCCACAGCACUCUUCAGAGAAACGGAGUAAUAUCCUCCCGCGGGACACAAACCAGCUGUAUGAGCUCACUGUGGAUUAUGACCUGGCCUCCGCCUCCGAGGAGGAGAAAGGAGAUGUCAACUUUCGGGUCGACUAUACGAACUUGCUUAACUACUGGGACAUUACGGAGGAUCCACCUCUGAAGAGGAAGAGAUGGUUUGGCGCCUUCAAGCAGUGGCUGAAGAAAGUCACAACAGUCAUCAAGGACAGCUCUGGAUAUCUGCCUUUGAACUACUACGACACAAUCAAGUUGUUCCAUUGGGAUCAGCAAUGCAGCGGCAAACAAAUGUCACUCGACAUCGAUUCUACUCUCGACAUAGGUCUCAAUGCGCAAUAUGCGUACUACUUCGAAGGCGCUAUUCUGCCCACGCCGAAGUUAAUUUCUUCUUAUGCAUACUUUUCUGUUGCUCCUGCAGCAGAGAUCCUUCUGACUAUGCGGGGAGAAGCAGCCUUUCAGACCAGCAGCGACGAGAUUGAUAUCAUCUCCGGUGUGACAUUCCCUGGGCUGUCCAUCAAGGGACUAAUCAGCAUCGGCCCAGAGCUCGCCCUUACCGGGAAAAUGGAUGCCUCGAUGGUGAUUUCGGGUGAAGUAAACGCUGGUCUCGUUGUGGAAUUCCCUAAGGCCGAAGUCUUCUUUCCCCAGGAUGAGGACGGCGAGACUGCCAGUGUUCCCCCGUCCUCCCUCAAGAACGAGGAGGGCAAGGAUGCCCCGAAUCAAUUCUCAGUCACCCCUCAGCUGGAAGCUUCAGCAUCGGCAUCGGGCAACUUGGCUUUAACUCUCACCCCUGAGGUGAAGUUUGGCAUUUCUGUUCUCAAUGGGAAACUAAUGGAAGGCUAUGUUACUGCAGGAGUGGAGAACACUGUCAGUUUGGGUGUCAGUGCCUCGGCAUCGACGGGGCUAUCCAGCGGGUCUUCUGCAGAAUUCUGCUACUGGGCAGACUACGAUUAUUCGGUGUUCCUGCAAGCAGAUGCCUCUUUCCUUGGCGACGUGGCAUAUUGGGGUGACCGAUAUGAUAUCACCUCUCCAGAGGAUCCGAUUGCACUUGUUGAUAAGAAAUGUCUAUCUUACUCGAGUGACGUGGAUGAGAAGAGAAAGCGUGAUUCAACAAGCUCGGCUCUGGUCAGAAACACAACUGGCAUACCUUUCUUUGCGGGAUGGUGUCAGUGUGCCAACAAGGAUACUCAAAUUGGCAACGACACCUUGAGCUGCUUGGAUUCCGGUGGCACCACGUCAACUUCUAAGCGUGAUGGCACCACUCCAACUUGCUAUCUCCCGCCGGCGUUGUUUUACAAUUGUGACUGGUUCCAAACCGCAAGAAUCAUGAACCUCAACACCGACACAAGUGGACAAACACCUCACGUCGACCUCAGAGGCAUUUGUGAGAAUGUCAAGAACUACCUGAACCGGAACUCGGGGAAGCAAUACAUUUGGCCUAAUUGGAUGCGCCUGACUUAUCAGACGGACCCAGCACAUUCUAACCGGGCCGACGCAUGUGCGCAGAAAGCGAAGGAAUGCAAGAAGUUGAAAGAGUCCCUUUGGCCCAAGGAGGGAAAAUCGCCACGGGCGCAAACCAUGUCCUGUGAUGAGUUUCCCUUCAAUUCAGCGGCAGAGGGGGGCACAGGUGCUGAGGUCGCAUGUGUUCCGGAUGGUCAACAGAAGUAUCAAGGCAAGAUCAAUAACCAGCUUUCUAACAUCAAGUACACUCCAACGGGGCAAGGUAAAACGCAAUACUGGAAGGAUUCGGCAUGGUCGGGGCCGACAAGAUACUACACCGUGAACCUCUUCAGCUUCAAAAACAACCAGAAUAACCUCGGGACAGUGGGUGGCUUAUUUGCCUCGGGUGCCACGAACAACCCGUCCAUGAACCCAGGGACCGGACUGCUCCAUGUUUUGGGGGGUAUCAACCUCCAGGGAAACCCAGAACUCUCAAUUACUAACAACGGCAUAUGCCUUGUGUUCCCUUACCAGAAGAAGUCCCCUGGCAAGCUUAUGAUCGAUAUGCUGGAGAAUAAGCCCUGUAAGAUCCAGUUCGAACCCCCAGCUACUAUCGCGGCCAGAGGCUUGGAUCCUGCCGACCCUGACAACUGGGUGAUUACAAAUGUCACUCUUAGCGAUGAACCGUUCGAGGAGGAUAGUCCGUUCAAGGAGAUGGCAGAUCAUCUCAACGAUAUCGGCUUGGCGUAUAAGGAUGAUGACAUGGACCCUGAAUUCGUCUAA